UUUCACGGAACCCGGAAGCGUUCCUGUUUCGACCGUUCCUGCUAUACACCCACUCUUUUGCGGCUUAAUUAGCCACUGUAAAAUAUCUGUUUAUAUAGGUCUUCCGAUAUAUUCACUUGUAGGUAGUUUUAAGGAUAGCAAGCAUGGCGGGUCGGCUACCGGCUUGUGUUGUUGACUGCGGAACAGGCUACACGAAGCUUGGUUAUGCAGGAAACACUGAACCACAGUUCAUCAUGCCGUCAUGCAUUGCUAUCAAAGAGUCAGCCAAGGUUGGAGACCAGGCUCAGCGCCGGAUGAUGAAGGGUGUCGAUGACCUGGACUUCUUUAUCGGCGAUGAAGCCAUCGAUAAACCAUCUUAUGCAACAAAGUGGCCCAUUCGUCAUGGGAUAGUGGAAGACUGGGACCUGAUGGAGAGAUUUAUGGAGCAGAUCAUCUUUAAAUAUCUGCGGGCAGAACCUGAAGAUCAUUAUUUUCUUUUGACAGAGCCUCCUCUCAACACACCUGAGAACAGAGAGUACACAGCAGAGAUCAUGUUUGAGUCAUUUAAUGUGCCUGGUCUUUACAUUGCUGUUCAGGCUGUCCUGGCACUGGCUGCCUCCUGGACAUCAAGACAAGUUGGCGAGCGAACACUGACAGGCACUGUGAUCGACAGUGGAGAUGGAGUCACACACGUCAUUCCAGUGGCUGAAGGCUACGUUAUUGGCAGCUGCAUUAAGCACAUUCCUAUUGCCGGUCGAGACAUCACAUACUUUACCCAACAGCUGCUGAGGGAGCGAGAAGUGGGAAUACCCCCAGAACAAUCUCUGGAGACAGCUAAAGCUGUCAAGGAGCGGUUCAGCUACGUCUGCCCUGACCUUGUGAAGGAGUUUAACAAAUAUGACACGGAUGGCUCAAAGUGGAUAAAACAGUACACAGGUGUCAAUGCAGUCACUAAGAAAGAGUUCACCAUAGACGUUGGGUAUGAACGCUUCCUUGGACCGGAGAUCUUCUUCCAUCCUGAGUUUGCCAACCCAGAUUUUACUCAGCCGAUAUCCGAGGUGGUGGAUGAAGUCAUCCAGAACUGCCCCAUUGAUGUCAGACGCCCAUUGUACAAGAACAUUGUGCUUUCCGGAGGCUCCACCAUGUUCAGGGACUUUGGCCGACGCCUCCAGAGGGAUCUCAAGAGAACUGUGGACGCACGGCUGAAGAUGAGUGAAGAGCUGAGCGGGGGCAAAUUAAAGCCGAAACCCAUUGAUGUGCAAGUCAUCACGCAUCACAUGCAGAGGUACGCUGUCUGGUUCGGAGGAUCAAUGCUAGCAUCUACUCCUGAAUUUUACCAAGUGUGCCACACAAAGAAAGACUAUGAAGAGAUCGGGCCGAGCAUCUGCCGCCACAACCCCGUAUUCGGAGUCAUGUCUUAGGUUUUAGGCAAGUGCAAUAAGUCGAGGAGGAAAUGGAGGAAGCACCCCAAGACCUCACAAGCUAUGGAAGUCCCAUGAGCUUUUGCACGAACGCUACGACAGACCUGUUUAUUCAGAUAGAGCGACAGUGGACCAAACAAACUGCCAGAAGCAUGGCAAGAUCCUCCCAAAUUAGAGGAGAGAGGCGACUCAGUCUAACGGAUCUACGAAUAAAAAUUGUUUACUGCAAGUAGGUUAAAAAUAGGUGAUCAAAUCAGAUUUCUGCGUGCCUCAUAUGUAUUAUAACAGUAUAUCCUCACAGGGUUGUAAAAUGUAAGUCCUGUUCAAAUACAUUCUGUGCAUGUUUGUGGCUUUGGGUUCUUUCCUAUGUGUUUUAUUCUCUAAAUAACUGGUUCGAGAAGAUGGAUGAUUGAUUUCCCCACAAACAUCGUAAAAUAAAUCACCUGUUUGAUAAUUUACUUAUCAAUUGGUGCAAACACAGAUUUUGUGAAAAAACUAUUUGCCAACUCAUUCCUUAUUGUAUACGUUUUCAUUUUUGGUAUGUGUUUCAUAUUUUACUAUGCCCCUUAGUACGGGGGAUGAGACAAGUCCUGUCUGUUGUUCACGUACAGCAUUACUUUCCUUCGACCUUUUAUUUAUAUGAAUCAUCUCUUAAAAAAAUUCUGUUAAUAUAUGAACGUGCAGUUUGACUGACUGUUGUCGGACCAUCACUGUUGCCUAGAUCUCAGUUUUACUGGAUAGCCUUGACUGUACCAAACCUGGAUUUCAAUGCUGGCAUCACAAUAAAUGCCAAGGAGAUGUC